AUGACAGUUUGUCUUGUUCUACUAACUGGGCUGCCAGGAGCGGGGAAGACGACACUAGGCAAGGCUCUUAAACAGUUGGGGGAUCACAUAACCCAUGAACUCUCCCUCAUAGUCACGGCAGUGGUGGAAUUAGAUGACUUUAUGUGUAACGUCGGUGCGAGUAAUGGGUCCCGUGUAGAGAGUACCGUUUUCGAUCCAAGUCGGUGGCGAGAGGCGUUCGAAGCGGCUCGUCAGGCAACUCGCCAGGAGUUGGAGCGGUGCCUAAUGAUGGAGAGGAAUAAAGCGGUAAUGCACUUGGUUUUUCUGGUGGAUCCGCUGCCAUAUAGGAGUAUGAGAGCAUCGUACUGGAAAAUGUGCAAGGAAUUAAGUGCCAAGUGUGCUGAGACUCACUUUCAUGAUUCAUGGGAAGUGCAGAGCAUUGUUGUCUUGUUGGAGGUGCGGAUGAACACCCCGGAGGAGGUUUGUCUCCAACGCAAUGAGCUCCGCGCCGGAACCCCGCAGUAUAUUCCCCCGUAUGUUAUUAAGGGGAUAAGUGACUCGUUUGACCGUGGUGACCUCACUGCUGUGCUGCCGGGUACAGACGGAAAUAUGUGGGCCGUACUUCCCGGGCAGAGGUCGGCACCGUGGCCCGUUCUUUUACUGGUUGAUGAAGUGAGAUGUUGCGCGUCACCACCCAAUUUGUUGGCCACGCAGUUGCUGGAGCGUAUCCGAGGGGAAGACAUAAUGCGUGAGAUGACGGAACAACAAGUAAGUGUUUUUAAUUAUUACAAGUGCCAAGUGGAAGGGGGGAAGUCGAAGUGCUUGGCGAGUGGAGAAGCACAUGACAACGUUAACAACUGUCUUCAUCAAGUGGACCUCCACAUGCGGGCAGUUGUGGGACAUUACAUGGUCCAGCGGCAGAGUAUUGGUUCACUGAAGCCAGGCACUGGGCAACGCGUAAGCAAAUGUCGUUCGACCCACUACGCGGGAAUUCGGGCAGCAAUCACGAAGGGAACGAGAAACACAGGAGGAUCUUUUUCCGAAGUGCAAGGACUACUGCAGCAGUUACUUUUGGAAUUCGAGCAUGCCUUAGUAGAUCUUUGA